AUGGGUUGCGCCGUGAGUACCCCACAAGAUGAAGAUGACCAGACGUUUCUUCAACAAAGGCUUAUCUCGGAAGCCAUUGAUCGUUCGUUGAAUGUAAGGAACGAGAGCCAAAAGAAGGUGGUGAAGAUGUUCCUAUUGGGUGCUGGUGAGUCUGGAAAAUCUACUGUGCUUAAGCAGAUGAGACUUCUACACCACCAUUCGUUCACUGAUUUCGAACGUCGUCAGUAUACAGACGUCAUCUGGAUGGACCUUAUAGAGUCGAUGAAGAAGUUGAUUUUCAACGCCAGGAAACUACGCAUCCCCUUGGACUCGGACCAGCCCGGUUCUCUGCUUACUCCAUACAAGCGAGUCCUUGUGAACGCCACUAGUGUGUCUGAAAAUGACCCCUCAGGGAACUCAAUCACUGAGAAGUUUGCUAUUGGCUAUAAGGAUGAGUCUAGGAAACAGCAGACGGAUCUUCUCGGUACUGGCUACGUAUCAGACACUACAGACACGGAAUCAAACGUAUCCUACCAGGAGAGAAAGACAUACACCAAUGAGGAGAUUGCUGAGGCAAUCACGCAGCUCUGGAAGCACGACAAGGGUGUACGUAAAUGUUUUGAGAGAGCCAAUGAGUUCCAACUUGAGUCUUCGGCUGCUUACUACUUUGACAAUGUGUUUAAGUUUUCCAACCCGCUGUACAGAUGUUCAGAUCAGGACGUUAUUAUGGGAAGAAUCAAAACCACCGGCAUCACAGAGAACGACUUCAAUAUCAAGAACAUGACUUUUAAAGUGUUAGACGCUGGUGGUCAGCGGUCUGAGAGAAAGAAGUGGAUCCAUUGUUUCCAGGAUAUUGAUGCUGUGUUGUUUGUGUUGGCUGUCUCUGAAUAUGACCAAACGCUUUACGAAGAUGAAAGAGUCAACCGUAUGAAAGAGUCUCUUAUGUUAUUUGAAGCUCUUUGCAACUCUAAGUGGUUCAAGGACACUCCGUUCAUUCUCUUCCUCAACAAGGUGGAUUUGCUUGAGGAGAAGCUUCAAAGGUCACCAAUCACCCAAUACUUCCCUAACUUCGAAGGUAAUCCUUCGCUGGUCAAUGAAGUUCUUGACUACUUCGAAGGUCUCUUACUAAACUUGAAUAGGACACUGAAGCCAAUCUACGUGCACAGGACGUGUGCCACAGACACUAAAGCUAUGGGGUUUGUCCUUUCGGCAGCUACAGACGUGGUUAUCCAGCAGAACUUACGGGAGAGCGGGCUCAUUUGA